GUACAUUGUACCGGUAGGUAUUUCAAGUGUCUUGUCACUACAGGCCUCAUGAUCAUGCGAUUUUGGUCCUGGCUUAUCAGUAGUUGGCAGCGCAUUGAUUGAAUUGAUUCGAUUCCAUCAUCAAAAACACAAAAUGGAAGCAAUGAUGAGUGAAGCUGGAACUUCCAUUCCAUCAUCUUGGCUUGAGCGCCAUGAUGCUCGAGCAGAUUUGAGAACUAUUCUUAUCCUAUUGAGCCUCGAUGCGACCGUGAUGACAGCCUAUGUCAGGAAAGGUUUAUCACCCCACAUGGCUACGUAUUAUGGACGUCUCAAGAUCCAAGCUCACAUUUUAGCAGGAACAUCUCUCAUCUUGGUUGGCUUGGUUGCCGUUCUGGGAUCAUCUGCACUACUUGCUGUGGACACUACAAUGGACAGUCUCAAGAAGUUCCGUGCUGCCGUCCACGUCUGCCAAGUAUCUUUUGGCUUGCUUGUGGUCAUUGCAGGGGUUUCGUCGAUUCUUCUUGCGAGGCACACCAGUGGUCAUCCAGGCUUCAACAUGUGCGGAUAUACUCUGUACGCUUUGUUGUGGAUCUACACAGGCAUGCACGUACUUUCUGAUUCCUUCUCCUUGGUGCAAGAUGAUGGCAUGAACGACGAAGUUUCUGCUGGUCAUCCAGUCUAUGAGUCCUGGGUCAUUGGUCAUGCGUUUUUGUUUUGCCGCAUCUUCACCAUAUUGCUCAAACCGCUAGAAGAUGUGUUGGGUGGCAAGAAGAUGGUAUAUUCGGUAGGGACUUCCAUUGCCACUCUUGUUCCUAUCCUGCUGGUCUUUGACUGGCAAGAAGGAACUGUCAUUUGGGCUGUUUCUAUCUGUGCCUGCCUGGUUGCUCAAAAGAUGGGACUUGGAGUCUGGCAUGCCCGCUCCUCCAAAAAGGGUGGUUUGAAAAGAGAAGUCGCGCUAUCCGAGUUUGCUCGAGGAGAGCACCAUGUGGCAACUUCCCUCGUCAAAGCUGUGGUGUCGAGGAAGCUUUCGUUCUGAGCGACGACCACACCACGACGAGUAUCGAACGAGAGUAUCGACCCGCAGGAUUCCCGCCAAGGUUUUUGUCAACGCAGCUCUCAUGAUCGUAGCCACUGUGUACUGGUACUGGUACCGGUACCUGGUACCGAGUGUGGUACCGGUAUCGCGUAAAUCUAUAGGUCUCAACCACUCAUGACUGUGACUCAACAGUGCACGUCUCCGCCGUGCUGGCUUUUAAUUAAAAAACAUGUAUGUUGCUUUGUGAAGGGCUUCAACUGCUUAUUCCAAUGGUUUUAUGCAUAUCUAGCAGCAGGGUGGCUCCAUUUGAUACCCCUCACAAUGCGAUUACACACAUUUCUAAAAAUACUAAUCUUUCUCUCAUCAUAUUACCUUUGGAACCAGCCACCGGUACAGUGGCCGCAUGCAUGGAUAGAAGCCAGUCCAUCCGAUCCCAACUUCAGGAACCAUUCGUGACCUAUUGAGUCACGAUUAAAAGAUAUUG